AUGCCUCAUACACAUACACUUAGCCUCCCUGACCAGAUCAAGCUAGCAGAGCUAUUGGAACAGGAAGGUGUAGGCAUCGCGCAAAUCCUUCGAAAUAGGGUGUUUCUCGGGCUGAUAGAGAAGGCAAUGCCCAGCUUAGAAGCGGCAUACCCAAUCUCGAGAGUGGUGAAGAUCCCUGUGAUGUGUUCAUCUGGACUCGGUGUAGUAACCGCGCCAAUGGCCAUCACGGCAGGAGCCUCUGGUGUGGGUGUGGGCUCAGCUAUCAACAAGCUUAAUGAUGUAGUUGCCAUGAUUGCACAAGUAAGAAGCACUGCAGCUUCUUUAGGCAUUUCAGCUGAUAAAAGUAGCUUAGCUGAUGAAAAAAUCGUCAGUGUAACAUAA